AGCGUGCCAGCUCUCUUCAGUCAUUGAAUCACUGUGCACCUGCAUUCUUGGGCACCGCUCGAAACAUAUCUUCUGAAAAUCUUCGAACGUGUUUAAUCAAAAUUAGAAAUUCAGACAUGGACGACAGUAUCUUCAGUGUGAGACAAGGAAGUUUGUCGAUCCCAUUGGCACUCCAGCAAUACUUCAUAUGCUUUACCAUGUGAUACACAGAUAUAUGUUCCACAUAUCGGCGCCAUUGGUGCGACUUUGGGAUUGUCGCACGUUUCGGAAUAUGAUAUCAUUGGCACACACGUGGAGGUCGAAACUAUUCAACCAGCUGUAAACUGAACGCUGGAACGGUUUCCUUACAUACCGUCACGUUUGGUGAGAUUAGUCGGGAUGAUCCUUUUCAAUACUACGAUGUGAUAAUUCUCAAUGUAAUAGAUCUUUUCGCACAUUUGUGACAAUAUGCCGAAUUCAGUCAUCAUCAUCGUUCAUUUAGAAAUAUCCAAAACUUGGUGUGAUAUUUGUUUGUUUGACAUUUUUGAAAAUUGAUUAUGUGCUACUUGACAGGUUGCCAUGCCUCGUUUGGAAGUAAAUAACUUUGUGCUAACAAAAAUCGCUCCAAUUGACAUAUGGAAUGUGCUGAAAUUAGCGAGUGAUCGUUAUGCUGACUCAGGAAAUAACUGGCGUGUUUGGUAUUUUUGUAUUUUCAAGGUUGGUAACCAAUUAGUUUGCUGUUUGAAUGGAAUAAUAAAAGAACUGAUGCGCAGUAUAUCAUAUUUGUGUUGACAAUUUAAAAAGCAAAGAAAAAGUUAAUCGAAUGUACGUAUGAUCGUUGAGACCUUUUUUUUUGCCUAACUGACAAUGAAGCCCGGUAACAAUUUCCUUGUAUAUAGUAGACCCAGACAAAUCCAAAUAAAUUUUUGAGUUUUGACAGAUUUUUAAAAAAAUAACCUGGCACCUCUGGGAACAAGUGACUUAACAGUGAUACUUUCUUUUUUUGCAAUGACAGACAAAAAUGUUUUGUCUCUCUUCGUUUGUUUUGGAUGCGGUCAUUUACGAAUAAGACAGCAAAAAAACGAAUAUGAAAUUGUUGGAUUGAACUCUUUCAUCGAGAAUGCGUGACAAUUUUAAGCUCUGGUUGUGAUAGCCACAAUGAGUUUUGUGGACGUGGGCUGGAUGACAGCGGAAAGUAGUAAGUGCAGCUGAGCUGAGCUGAAGUAGAGCGCCCGUAGUUGCACUUCGUGAUCAUUUUAACUGUACAUACCCACUCAUUCCUAACUUUUUAUUAAAUGAUCAGAAACGACGCUGGUUACGAGCAAACGCUGUGCUACUGAGGGAAAGGAAGGAAUGUUAGUCCGAUACUCGUUGUUUCUAGAGAUCGCGGGCGCAACAUUUGAAGGAGGCGGCAGAAUCAUCUUUGGGACCUUUUUUUUUGCUCGUCGAAGAUCUUUGCGGAUUUCCGGAUUUUGGUUUCUUGCUCACUAAUCCAACGAUGGGGGCGGCAAAACUCUUAUUUUGCCCCGGGCGCCAAUUUUCCUUGAACAUUCAUUUGGACUGAGCGAGUCAGUUGAAACCACGGUGGCAGAACAACGGCAACUAUGACACAAACAAUGGGAACGACAAUCAGUCCGGACGGAUCUUACGUCAAUGAGGCGAUGAACUGUUCAAGCCUAAACAUAUCAAUGUCGGCCGGGGAGCCACAUGGUGGUUUAACGGGUUCGAAUGAGUUUAUCUUGUCAUCGAGUGGAAAGAAAAUCACAUCAGAAAGCCGCGUACAGGAGGUCAAUCAAUGGUGCCAGCGAAAAGUCAAAAGUGCCUGCACUAGGAAGAUGAUGUACAAACGAUUGCCCAUACUACGGUGGCUGCCAAACUACAACUCAACCGACGCGAUUGGGGAUUUAGUGGCGGGAAUAACCGUCGGCCUCACAGUAAUUCCUCAAGCGCUCGCCUAUUCUGGUAUUGCCGGUCUUCCAGUCGCCUACGGACUUUAUGGCUCCUUUCUCGGAAGUAUCGUCUACAUUUUUCUCGGUAGUUGUAAAGAUGUACCGAUGGGCCCAACUGCCAUUGCAUCUUUGCUAACAUAUCAAACUGCACGGGGAAAUGUGCCCAAGGCAAUCCUUCUAUGCUUCCUGACCGGGAUCGUUGAGCUGCUAAUGGGUUUAUUUGGACUGGGAUUUCUGGUUGACUUCGUGUCUGGUCCAGUGUCGUCCGGUUUCACAUCGGCCGUAUCACUGAUCAUUGUGACGUCUCAAAUUAAGGAUGUUCUGGGAAUCACCGCAAGAGGAAGCACCUUCUUGGAAAUCUGGCAGUCGAUUUUCGCAGAUAUCCAUAACAUUCGUGCUUGGGAUACGGUUUUGGGAAUCACGUGCAUCGCAGUGUUACUGAUCAUGAGGAUUGUAGCAGGUCUCAAGGUGGGCCCCGAAGAGGAAGAACUUAAGUCGAAGAAGCACCGUUACGUUAACAAAUUCAUGUGGCUCAUUGGAACCUCUCGGAAUGCUAUUCUUGUGAUAGUAUGCGGAGCUAUCGGAUAUGUGUUUCAGUCAUCGGCUACCGCGCCCUUUAAACUGAUUGGGGAAAUUCCUCCGGGAAUGCCAUCAUUUGAACCACCAUCGUUCUCACUGACUGCUAACCAAUCCUCCAACGGACGGGAGGAAUCUUUUUCGGAGGUUGUAUCAAGUUUGGGAUCCGGAUUGAUAGUUAUCCCACUUAUUGCUCUAAUGGAAAAUAUUGCCAUCUGCAAAGCAUUUUCUAACGGAAAACCAGUGGAUGCCACACAGGAACUGAUCGCCAUCGGUGUUGCGAAUAUUGCCAAUUCCUUCGUGCAAGGCUUCCCCGGAACUGGCUCCCUCAGCCGGAGUGCCGUCAACAAUGCAUCGGGAGUGCGAACACCCCUAGGGAAUAUUUACACCGGUGCCCUUGUGUUACUUUCGUUGUUAUUUUUCACUCCAUACUUCUCAUAUAUUCCGAAAGCAACGCUUGCUGCCAUCAUCAUAGCAGCCGUGGUUUUCAUGGUGGAAGUCAAAGUCGUUAAACCCAUGUGGCGAACCAAAAAGAGUGAUUUGAUACCCGGCUUGGGGACAUUCAUUGCCUGCCUUGCCCUGCCACUGGAAAUUGGUAUUCUUCUCGGGGUAGGACUCAACGUCGUGUUCAUAUUAUACCAUGCUGCAAGACCAAAGAUUUCCGUAGAACGGCUAACGAGUCCGGCCGGUGCAGAGUACCUGAUUAUUACUCCAGAUCGGUGUCUGAUUUUCCCUUCGGUAGAUUACGUUCGUAAUCUGGUGACCAAACAUUCCAUUCGUCAAUCGCUGCCGGUGGUGAUCGACUGUUCGCACGUGUACGGUGCUGACUUUACGGCCGCGACGGUCAUAGACAGUAUUACGCAGGACUUUGUCAAACGUGAUCAGCCGCUGUUCUUCUACAAUCUCAAACCAAGUGUUUGUGCCGUAUUCGAAGGACUUUCGCCUGCCGACUUCGUGGUUUACUAUAGAGAGGAAGAUUUGGACCAACUAAUGAAGGAACGGGCUUACACGCCCAAACAGGUUCUUAGUGCAUGAGCGUUGAGCGGCAAUUUGACUUACUUAUUAACAGCAGUAUUAGAGACAGAACGUUUAAUGACAGUCGUUGGUGACUUUCUACAUCCGACAGUAUGCAGUAGAUGGUCUCAAUAAUGAUGUCCGACCUCGACACCUGCUAAACAACAAGUAACAGCGGAAGAGGACUCCUUGCAUUCCUAUUUAAUUCGUAAUUUUAUUUAUAGCCGAAUGACAACGAAACAUAUAUAUUAGAAGCUAUGUAUUUAUUUACCUUUGAUUGUUCUUCACUGCGGUUUACCGGAUUCAUGUCUAAAGUGAACUUGAAGUUAAUGAUCAGUGAAAUGUUACCACUACAAUGUAUAUCAGGAUGAUUUUAAAGCAUUCAGUUGUGUACUUACUGUUAGAAAAACUUGAAAUCACAGAGCGUAAGAGAAAAUUUUAGGACGUUAUUGUAUAGCAAAAAUUCUGUACUGGAAAUAUAAUGAACCCGCACAGGUAAUGUAUAAUAUCUUCGAAAUUGUAUUGUUUUAUAGAUCAGGAUUUUUUAGGCCAUAUCUAAUAGUAAUUCAGGUUUCAAUUUUGUGAGUCCGGAUAUCAGAUUUGUGUAUAAACUGUACUUUAUGACCUCGAUAUUAUAAAUCUUGUAUGUUUUGUAUAGUGAGAAAAGAAAAUACUGUGAUAAGGUGGAUCUUUAUCAAUAAAUUGAAGAAAAAAUAA